UGGUUUUCAAAUUUUCUCUCAACUCUCUAUUUUUUCCCUUUACAGAUCCAAUAUUAUUUCAAUUUUUUAUGAAACAAUAACAAGUUGAAGGCGAGAAAUGCAGAAGAAAAGGAAAUAGCACUGAGAUGAAGAUGACAUUGAAGGCAACGAGGAUCUAGACUUGUAUUCUUGAGAAAGCGCCUCUAAUGAUGAUUUACGUGUGAUGAUUUGCACGAUUUGAUUAACUUGUAAAUUUACCUAAUUUUAUUAGUUUUUAUUGUCAUGAGAAAUGAUUCAGGUUGAUGUCGUUGAAAUCUAAUAUAUCGGUUUUCCAAAUCGAUUCUAUUUUUCCGAAUUACUUAGUGUUGGCUUGUUGUUGCUCUUCCUGCUUUGCGGUGCUCCAAAGAUUGAGAGAUCGGCGAUGAGAGCUCGGCGGAGCUUGUUGUUGCUUUUUCCAUCGGAGUAUCUUUUGAGCUUAUUCUCUCCUGCGAUUUCAGAUGAAUGUGCAUUACAACCAUUACCUCUAGUUCUGCAAUAUGGUAGAACUGCUUACAGAAACAUUCAGAAGUUCACUCAAAUUCAGCUGACUGCUGUCAUUUUUGGGAUACUCAUAAGUUUCAUUGCUGCAAUAUGUUUAUGGGACUCUCCAUUAACAACAAUUCAAUUAGUUUGGAUGAAUUUCUUUACGUGCCUCGUCGGCGGUCUCAUGAUAGUAAUGGAGUCAACAACUCAGGAUUCGGCUCGUCUCAAUUCGCCAUGUGAUUGGAACAAGCCACUGCUAACCAAAUCUAUAUGGAAACGCAUAGCUACACAAGUCAUGUCGCAAACUAGUCUUUUGCUAAUCAUACAUUUAUGCAUAAAGGGAGAUUCAUGGAAGCCACUGGUUUGCGAUAGCUUCAUGCUAUGUCAGCUACUCAAUCAGUUCAGAACCAUGGGCAUAUUAGUAAGUAAAAAGGCCAUCUUUUACCAGUACUGGUUUUUGCCGGCUGUAGUGAGUGUGAUGAUGAUGCAGGUGGUUCUUGUUGUGUUCGGUAAAAGUCUAGCCGGUUGUGAGACGUUAAAUUGAGUGCAGUUGGCUAUAAGUUUCAUCACUGGUGCAUUUUCAUGGGGUUUGGAAAUAGUUGUGAAAUCAACUUCAGUCUUCAUUUCCGAUCUUAGGCAAUAAUAAAUGAAUGAACACCAACUUUCAUAUAUUAUUGCCUAU